AUGCUGGAUAAUUGCUGUUUUAUGCGGAUUGGUUCGUGUCUGAGUCAAACGGUUUCGGAGAUUGUUGCUUUUGUGGCCGUUGCGGUAUCUCUGGUUACUUCCGUGUUUUGCUACGUAAAGAUCCACUUGAGAUUACAGCGGUACCAGGCUGAAGUAGAAGACAACCCUGGCGAAGGACGGUCAAACGCAGGAGAAGAUAUAGCAGUAGGAAAAGAUGAAGCAGGCGCAAUAACGGGGACAAUAACAGCCACAGAAGAAGGAGCAGGAGUAAAAGGUACAGGAAGGGGAAGAGUACAUGCAUGGACAGGAAAAGGUUCAUCCAAACAAAGAUUAAACGGGAGAGUUCAACUAAACAUCAAACAAUAUCAGAAAACAGUUUCCAGCAUAUUUUGGGUGCAGUUGGCUUUAGUGGCAUGCUACACCCCUUUUAUAAUUGUGUCGAUAUUGAGACAUACAGUACUUAGUGGAUCAGCAGUUCAUGCUCUGUGGCUCUUUACGGAAACUUUAGUUUAUCUGAAUUCAUCUCUGAAUCCCUUUCUUUUACUGUUGGAAAAUCACAGAAGUGAGAAAGGCAGUAAAGGACACAGCCAGGGCGUUUUGUUGUUG